CCUCCCUUCCCGAUCCUGUCAAGACCAUGGAGCAGCAAUCUAAGGGGGUGUGAACAACUACGAUAGGGCCCUCAGACCAUGGGCAAUAAAUGCUGUAAGAAAAAACCUGAAAAAGAGGAAACGGUGACGGUGAAAGAGCCGGUGAAGAUACCUGAAGAGCCAGUGAAGCCGAUAAAGCCAAAAAAAACACCACCUCUUGAUGAUGUGCAGAAAGCAAAAGCCAUCAAGAUCCAGGCCUGGUGGCGGGGUACUCUAGUGCGCAGGACGCUGCUGCACGCGUCCCUCAGGGCGUGGAUCAUUCAGAACUGGUGGAGGCAGAUGCAAGUCAAUCUGCUGAAGAGGCAGCAGUUGGCAGUGGUACAGACCCAUGCGUGGCAGUUAUGGGCAGUGGUCAAGUUACAGUCCUGGGUCCGCAUGUGGCAUAUCCGCCAGGGGUAUCGACGUUUGCUUGACGCUACCCGAAUCAUCCAGUUCCACUGGCGCUGGCACAGCUGUCAUACCCGGGGCUGCUUCUGGGGUAGCUAUGAAAUCACAGCCAACCAGCUGGAUCUUGAACUUAUGGUCUUUCUGGGAUCUCAGAUUUGCAGAAUGACAGACUGCAUCCCCUUUCCAAUAAAGGAUUGA